GAGAGAAACCAGCUUUUUGUGCAUAUGGAACAUUUCUGGGAUCUUUUAUUUCAGCUCGUGAAACAUGGGACCAACACUUUACAGGUUGCAUUUAUAUUUUUGUUCAGUAUAUAUAGAAAAAUAAAUAGGGUGUAAUGAGUGUCUUUGAUAUAAACGUAUAGGAUACAUAGGCUAAUCAGUACUUGUUACCGAAUUAAACGAACAGUUAAUACCGACUCUUACUGCAAGUAAAAAUGAAUGCAGAAUGCUUGUCCCGGGGCAAUUCAAAAUAUAGGAGGACCAUCACGAUAAUAAGGAAUCAUACACUUUGAAGGGUUUGGUCAUCAUAAGAUUUGUGAUUUAAUAUAUAUAUUGUGGCAACGCGCAAAUAUCAAUCACUCUAUUUCACAGGGCUAUUUAAUUAAUGUCAACAUAUUACGUAGCCUGCAGUAAAAAGAGAUUAGGAAUCCCCACAGCGGGAUUUCCCCAGCUACUAAACUCAAAUCGCGCGAGAAGUGGGAAUCGGGACGGGAGCGCGCUUCGUCUUUGACGGAGCGAGAAUUAUUUUCAGUUUAGGUCCUCUUCAACACAAGAAACAGAUUGGAAUCUGCAUAGAGGGAAAAUCUACUGUAGCUCGCUGAUCGAACGUGUUUAGGAGUCUGCUGUCCUCAAAGAGACGUCCUCAUAUAUAGUGCACGGGAUAACGUUUGCACAGUUGCACUGCCCGGAAUGCGCGAGAUCCAAUUUAUGUAUCGGUUGGGUCAACAAUAGUUCUCGUUGUAUUGAGUUUUUAGUUUUCAGAGGCUCUACUGCCACGCGAAGGAGGCAACCGAAGUUACGACUGGCUUGUUUGUCUCGUAGUCUCUGAAUUCUGCAGGAAUGUCUCACAAGGAGAGACCCACUUUCUACAGACAGGAGCUGAACAAAACGAUAUGGGAGGUCCCGGAGCGGUAUCAAUCCCUGUCCCCGGUCGGCUCUGGAGCCUAUGGAUCAGUCUGCUCGUCGUAUGACGUGAAGUCUGGGCAGAAGAUGGCGGUGAAGAAGCUGUCCAGGCCGUUCCAGUCAAUUAUCCACGCUAAGAGGACCUACAGAGAACUAAGGCUCCUGAAACACAUGAAACACGAGAAUGUGAUUGGUCUGUUGGAUGUGUUUACGCCUGCCACCAGCCUAGAGGAAUUCAACGAUGUUUACCUGGUGACCCACCUGAUGGGGGCGGACCUCAACAACAUAGUGAAGUGUCAGAAGCUGACAGACGACCAUGUGCAAUUCCUCAUAUACCAGAUCCUCAGGGGUCUCAAGUAUAUCCAUUCAGCAGACAUCAUCCACAGAGAUUUGAAGCCCAGUAAUCUGGCAGUGAAUGAGGACUGUGAGCUCAAGAUCUUGGACUUUGGUUUGGCGCGACACACUGAUGAUGAGAUGACUGGUUAUGUAGCGACCAGGUGGUACCGCGCCCCCGAGAUCAUGUUGAACUGGAUGCACUACAACAUGACAGGUAAUGAUAUACUAAUCAUGUUGAACUGGAUGCACUACAACAUGACAGUGGACAUCUGGUCAGUCGGCUGCAUCAUGGCAGAGCUGCUCACUGGACGAACGUUAUUCCCCGGCACCGACCAUAUAAACCAGCUGCAGCAGAUCAUGAGGCUAACAGGAACGCCCCCGGCCUGUCUCAUUAGCCAGAUGCCCAGCCACGAGGCCAGAAACUACAUCAACUCCCUUCCCCAGAUGCUCAAGAGGAACUUUACUGAUGUCUUUGUUGGCGCUAACCCACUAGCGGUGGAUCUGUUAGAGAAGAUGCUGGUUCUGGACACUGAUAAGCGAAUCACAGCGUCCGAGGCCCUGGCCCACCCCUACUUCUCCCAGUACCAUGACCCUGACGAUGAGCCAGAGUCCGAGCCAUACGACCAGAGCUUCGAGAGCAGAGAGCUGGAGAUAGAGGAGUGGAAAAGGUUGACGUAUGAGGAGGUUUGCAGUUUCGAGCCCCUGCCAUUCGAUGGAGAUGAGAUGGAGUCCUGAGGGGACGAGGGUGAAGUCAUUGCUAGUCCCGCCUCCUUCUCUUACUGAACUGUGAGGAAGAAGUUGCAUGUAGACAUUGAUCUAGGGCCAGUUUUGUAUUUCAUCCCCUAAUGGUUUAGGUUAGGAUCUGGGGGUAAGCUGAUCCUAGAUCUGUACUUAGAUACAACUUCCAUCCGGAGCACGCAACCUUGUGUGAGGACUAUCAACUCAGCAGACUAGUUCAAACAAACAAACAGGAAGCCACGACAUUCAAGUGCCUGCCGUCAUUCAUUUCUGGGGUUAGAGGUCAAGGGUCAAAGGUGACUCCCCCCUACACCCUCCUCCUGCUUGCUGUAUUAUAUCGUCUUUGAUUGGGUCCCUGGGAAGAAUUGGGGAAAUGACUUUGUAAUAUAUUAUCUAGUGUUUGUGUGUUUAGAGUUUAUUAAGUCACAUUAUUUGCCAAAAACUACCUAAAUUCCUGGAAAAGGUGCUCAGAUUUUAACGUUCAAUAUCGCAAAAACAAAUCACAUGGUUUAACCAACAAACCACUGCACUUAUGGAGCCGUUAUUUAUGGUCUGUAGUUUAGAACUCUGUUGUAUUUCAUACAGACAUCAUGACCUGCUCAUCUACGACAAAACCUUGUCUCGGUUGUCAAACUGUACGCUGUUGUUCUGCCUGGCAGGGUUUUAGAUGUGUAAAUAAGGCUGCCCUCUUGUAAAUAAAUGAUACUGUGCACCAAUAGUAAUACUGCCUAGAAGUCCCUAUUAUCAUAGAGCACAUAGAACCCUCAAUGCUUAGAACGUUGCCCCUUCGCAUUCCUUUAGGAGAGACUGGCAGGUUCCAUACUCAGAGGGAUUGUUAUUAAAUAUUAUUCCAUUAGAAUGUACACCAGUUUUAACUUUAAUCAUAGUGGAAGUUUUGACAUCCAUCUUUUCUCUCUAAGUCAAUCACCCAGGGAGAGGGAGGGGGGGGGUCUUGGUAGUUUAUUCGCUUAUCCUGCCUCUUAUCCUGCCUCUUAUCCUGCCUCUUAUCCUGCCUCUUAACUUGCCUCUUAUCCUGCCUCUUAUCCUGCCUCUUAUCUUGCCUCUUAUCCUGCCUCUUAACUUGCCUCUUAUCCUGCCUCUUAUCCUGCCUCUUAUCCUGCCUCUUAUCUUGCCUCUUAUCUUGCCUCUUAUCCUGCCUCUUAACUUGCCUCUUAUCCUGCCUCUUAUCCUGCCUCUUAUCCUGCCUCUUAUCCUGCCUCUUAUCCUGCCUCUUAUCCUGCCUCUUAUCCUGCCUCUUAACUUGCCUCUUAACCUGCCUCUUAUCCUGCCUCUUAUCCUGCCUCUUAUCCUGCCUCUUAUCCUGCCUCUUAUCCUGCCUCUUAUCCUGCCUCUUAUCCUGCCUCUUAUCCUGCCUCUUAUCCUGCCUCUUAUCCUGCCUCUUAUCCUGCCUCUUAACUUGCCUCUUAACUUGCCUCUUAUCCUGCCUCUUAACUUGCCUCUUAUCCUGCCUCUUAACUUGCCUCUUAACUUGCCUCUUAACUUGCCUCUUAUCCUGCCUCUUAUCCUGCCUCUUAUCCUGCCUCUUAUCCUGCCUCUUAUCCUGCCUCUUAACUUGCCUCUUAUCCUGCCUCUUAUCCUGCCUCUUAUCCUGCCUCUUAUCCUGCCUCUUAUCCUGCCUCUUAUCUUGCCUCUUAUCUUGCCUCUUAUCCUGCCUCUUAUCCUGCCUCUUAUCCUGCCUCUUAACUUGCCUCUUAUCUUAUCUAUUUUUCUACCCGUCUCCGUCUGGUUCUUUGUUCACUCCGUUGUUGUAUCAUUGCCUCCUUGAGCUCUGUCCUGUCCUCUGUGUAGUCUGAUUAAAGAUGAGUGGAGAGGUAAUGUGACUGUCACAAAAUGUUAUUUAAUAGAAUGUAUUUAAAGUCCUCCAUCCCCAUAUCACAAAACUGAUGCUGAAAUCAGAAUGGGUUUCCCCAAGUCUCCAGAGUGUCUGCUCUGUGCAGGGCUUUGAGGUUCAGAGUCGGAGCAUUAGACGGCUACAGGCAUAGAGAUCCUAUUAGUAACAUUCUAGGAAUCUAUAGUCUUCAGAAAUCACUGGAUUCCCACUCCUGGUUGUUGACAAUGUGAUUUCAAUCAUAUUGAAAUGUAUUUUUAAAUAACUGUAUGUCCGAAGAUGUAUCUUGUUAUUCUGUUGUAUUAAAUGUGUGGGAUGCUAGCACCCCCUACUGUAUUUAACCACUUUUUACCUUUUCAUGUGUACAUGGGACUCUCUGAGUGCAUGACAAAAUAGCACAUUAUUCCUUAUAUAGUGCACUAUUUUGGACCAGAUCUCAUAGGGCCCUGUUGAAAAGUAGUGCACUAUUUUGGACCAGAUCUCAUAGGGCCCUGUUGAAAAGUAGUGCACUAUUUUGGACCAGAUCUCAUAGGGCCCUGUUGAAAAGUAGUGCACUAUUUUGGACCAGAUCUCAUAGGGCCCUGUUGAAAAGUAGUGCACUAUUUUGGACCAGAUCUCAUAGGGCCCUGUUGAAAAGUAGUGCACUAAAUAGGGAAUAUGUUGCCAUAUAGGAUGUACUGUGAUUAUUCCCAUAGAGCGAUCACCAUAUUUAUCUCUUCUAAUUUAUACAGUACAGUGCUCAAACCAGACAAUAUUCAGAAUCUCUUCUAAUGUAUACAGUACAGCGCUCAAACCAGACAAUAUUCAGAAUCUCUUCUAAUUUAUACAGUACAGCGCUCAAACCAGACAAUAUUCAGAAUCUCUUCUAAUGUAUACAGUACAGCGCUCAAA